AUGAAGCUGGGUGGAAUCAAAUCGGUGGAGAACGCGCACGAUGAUUCCGUGUGGGCGGUCACAUGGGUACCCGCAACCGCCAACCGCCCACCGCUCCUCCUAACCGGUUCCCUCGACGAGACUGUCAGGCUCUGGCGCUCCGACGACCUACUUCUGGACCGCACCAACACCGGCCACUGCCUCGGCGUUGCCUCCGUCGCCGCCCACCCCCUCGGCUCCCUCGCCGCCUCCUCCUCCCUCGACAGCUUUGUUCGCGUCUUCGAUGUCGAUUCCAACGCCACUGUCGCCACCCUCGAGGCCCCUCCCUCUGAAGUCUGGCAAAUGCGCUUCGAUCCCAAGGGUGCCAUUCUAGCAGUUGCUGGUGGGGGUAGUGCAUCAGUCAAGCUUUGGGACACAUCCACAUGGGAACUUGUUACCACCCUAUCAAUUCCCCGCCCAGAAGGACCCAAGCCCACGGACAAAAGUGGCAGCAAGAAAUUUGUGUUGUCAGUUGCAUGGAGUCCUGAUGGGAAACGACUUGCUUGUGGUUCAAUGGAUGGCACCAUUUCUGUUUUUGAUGUGCCACGUGCCAAAUUUUUACAUCACCUUGAAGGUCAUUUCAUGGCUGUGCGAUCUCUUGUUUAUUCUCCUUAUGAUCCAAGGUUACUGUUUACAGCUUCGGACGAUGGUAACGUACACAUGUAUGAUGCUGAAGGGAAAGCUUUAGUUGGGACCAUGUCAGGUCACGCCAGUUGGGUAUUGUGUGUGGAUGUGAGCCCAGAUGGAGCAGCCAUUGCCACAGGUUCAAGUGAUAGAUCUGUAAGGCUAUGGGAUCUUAGCAUGAGGGCUUCUGUGCAGACGAUGAGCAACCAUACAGACCAGGUAUGGGGAGUGGCUUUUAGACCACCUGGAGGGAGUGAUGCGCGAGGCGGUCGUCUUGCUAGUGUGUCAGAUGAUAAGAGCAUAUCACUGUAUGAUUAUUCCUGA